UGUUUGGAAAACUGAUUGCCGACUUCAGAGAUUUCUUUUCAAAGCCGAAAGAUCGACUCCGUAGACCCUUUUCCGACCUCGUUUCGCCACGAAUAAUUUACUUAUUCUGUCUAUCUUUUUGUCAACUCAAAAAUCAGCCAUUAAAAGAUGUUGUUCGCCAGUAUAAGAGAAACACUGUCCAAUUUCGUGCAGUCUCCUUUCGGCGUUGUUAAGGCCGAAGAAGAACUAGUCGACCCAGCCAAGGUUUUGAGGGCUAAGUGUGAACAAGAAAAAGAAGCGCAAGAACGAUUUGCCAAAUUGCAAGAGUGUAACACUCGAGUAAACUCUAAAAAAGAAACAGCUGAAACCUGUGUUGAAGAGCUUUGGGAUUUUUUGGAAGUUGUCGAUAAAUGCAUCGCAAAAGACCUGUUCGAUCAUCUCAAGUGAAUUAUAUGUAAUAUAUGGUGUUGCAGUUUGACAGCCAUUUAGCAUUAGGUAUAUUUUGUGUGGUAUAAUCCAUUAUGUAAACAAAGAUAUGAUAUUACUAUUAUUUCUUGUUUUUUUUUCCGAUUUUCCAAUAAAAUUUGAGUUGAUUUAAAACUA